CGCCUCCUCCAGCUAUUUGCCAGCCAGCCUCGACGACAGACAGCCAGCCAGCCGCUCACCGUCCUGCUGCUGCGCCGAGUCCCGUCUUGUCCCUCCGAGCCCCGCCGUCGAUUUUUUCCCGGUCUGCGAGGAUCUCCACGGGCCGGCGAGCGAGUUCGGUCGCGUCUCUUGUCGGGGGAAAGUCAGUCUUGUCUCUGCGAGCUUUGUUCUCCCGUUGCCCUUCAAGACAAAUGGAGAAAAUGGCCAGACCUCUUCCUAUAAACCCAACUUUCCUGCCGCCGACUCACGGCGUGCUGAAAUCCCUGCUGGAAAAUCCUCUGAAGCUGCCUUUCCAUCACGAUGAAGGGUUUGGGAAAGACAAGGAAAAAGGGAAGAAGCUGGACGAUGAGAGCAGCGCAGCCAACCACCCACAGUCGGCCUUCCUUGGCCCGACCCUCUGGGACAAGACCCUGCCCUACGAUGGGGACAACUUUCAGCUGGAGUACAUGGACCUGGAGGAGUUCCUGUCGGAGAACGGCAUCCCAGCCAACACAGCCCAGAGUGACCAGGCCCCGCAGUCGGCGCAGCCGCCGCAGCAGGCCGCGCCACCCACCCCGCCCACCCCGACCACACCCUCUGUGGUGGACCUCAGCAGCCGCGCCACCACCUCGGUUCACACAGGCAUGGCACCUCAGACCUGCCUCCACAGCCCCGGCACAGCAGCACUGCCCUCAGCCCGGGACACCCCCAGCCCCAUCGACCCAGAGUCCAUCCAGGUGCCCCUGACCUACGAGCCCGACCCGGCAGACCUGGCUCUGUCCAGCGUGCCCGGCCAGGAGAUGUUCGACCCCAGGAAACGCAAGUUCUCUGCCGAGGAGCUGAAGCCGCAGCCCAUGAUCAAGAAAGCCCGCAAGGUCUUCAUCCCCGAAGACAUGAAGGACGACCGGUACUGGGCCCGGCGCAGAAAGAACAACGUGGCGGCCAAGAGGUCACGGGACGCCCGGCGGCUGAAGGAGAACCAGAUCGCCAUCCGGGCCGGCUUCCUGGAGAAGGAGAACGCCGCUCUCCGCAUGGAGGUAGCGGACAUGAGGAAGGAGCUGGGCCGCUGCAAGAACAUUCUGGCCAAAUACGAGGCCCGACACGGGCCCCUGUGAGCCCCCAAAAACACCCGCACCACCGGCCCCGCCCUCUUCACUGCCCCCCCUACCCAGCGUCCCUCAAGUCUGAAGGACAAUGUGUCUCUUUUGGUGGCACUGCCCCAUCCUCCUCCUCCACCCACACCUCCUCUUCCUCCUCCCACAAACCUCCAGUCCCCCCCCCCCCCACCAACACACACCUGUAUGGUUCCACUUUGACUUCGAUCAUAAGCUUCAGUUCUGCUCCUUCUCUCGUUUCCUGUGCACUUCAUCCAGAAACAUACGUACGUGCAGACUUCCCACUUUAACGUGCUGUGAGGAGUCAUGAGCCGGCCCACCAGCUGAGCCCCCCCCCCGACCUUCCACGUUUGAGAAUCGAUGCCAUGCUGUUUGUUCUUCACUUUCAUACUGAUUUUAUACGUCAGAUCAGGACUGAAAACUGUUUCCUGUCCCCCCCCCUCCUCCUCCUCCUCCUCCGUCUGAUAUCACGUGACGUGUCCGAGAGCCUGCUUUCAACCCCCGAAUCUUGUGUUUUUUUGUUUCCCGCCCCCCCUUUUUUUUGGCCUCUUUUCUCGGUGUUGUGUUUCAGUCGUCUGACCCUCCUCGCGCUCCGAGGCGGCGCCCCCCCAGCUUCUCUAACAGCGUUCUCAGUAUUUUAACUUUCAGAUUUUGCACAUUUUUCCUGUGCGACCGCGGCGUAGAGUUGCCAUUUUUUUUUUAAACGAUAGCGUUUCUCCGUCAGACGGACACUGAGCAAUAAUUCCUGUCCGGAACUAAACUGACAUGACUACCUACAUGUUUCCCUCUCUGGUCUCCGCUUUUUGGUUUUAGCUCACCUCCGUUAACUAAGAUAACCUUAGUUAACCUCUGCACUAAUGCGUGUCUCACAAUCUGAUCCGGUGCAAUGUUUCCACUCGCUCAAAAUUUCCUCCGCCUCAUAUUUAUCUACCUUUUAUUUCUCAGAUGGAAGAUUGUUGUUUUUAUAUAUAUAUAUAUACAUAUAUGCAUAUAUAUAUAUAUGUAUGUAUAUAUACACUAUGUAUUCUGUUGAUAUAAUUGUUAGUAUUAAUACUACUCUUGACAUUGUCGUUAGCCUCCUCCUUGUUUUCAGAUUUCAGCAUGAUUUUCUUUCACAGAACGAAAAGCUGUUUGCAAAUCUUUCAUUUUUUUUUGUUUUUUUGUUUUUUUGCAAAGUUGUUGAUAAUUCUUUUCGCUUCUGUUUAACUUAGCAUGAUUAAUAUGCGUGCUUUUAUUUUAGAAAUCAGUACAGACGUCUGUAGUCUCUCAUCGUAGCUCUAUGUUCGCCUCUUUUUAAAGGUGGCUGUAUGAAUGUAAAAGAUGUUGACAAAAAAAAAAAAAGUUGGAUGGUGUUGUCCAAUACUGUGGUUAACCCGAUCAGUUUGUUUACUGCAGACCAAACGAUUCACAACAGAGAUGAUAUAUUGGUUACAAGAGAUAUGUUUAUAUGAACCUAUUCUAUAAGUUGUUCUUUUUGUACAGUAUUUUUCCUAUACAUUACUGAACUAUGUAUUUUAAAGGCACAAGAGAUCCAGAAGAUUAUUAAAGAAUUCAAGUAUAUAACACACAGACAAAUGCAUAUAGUGGUAUUUUGAUAUUCUAUAUUAGUAGGAUGUAGUUUUACAGAGAUUUGUGGAUAUUCAGCAGCACCCAAACCUCCUGGGCAUUACUCUUAUCAUCAUGAAUAUUACGAUUAUUAUUAUUAUUAUUAUUAUGACACUCCUGCUUGUGUUGGCGCCACCUUCAGGCUCCCAUUGUCAUGUAAAUCCCAUUUGACCUAAAGGAAGCGGAUGCUGAAGAGAGAAUGUGCAUUUAGGCCCUUUUUUAGAACCCGUUGACUCAAAUCGGACAGGAUCCGUAGAUCACGUUUGGUCCCGAAUCGUCCCGAGUGGUCCCGAGUCGUCCAGGCUUUGCUUUCUUUCAGUGAGGAAUAUUCUGACUUUCUGAGGCUUCUCAUAGCGGCGCAGCUUCUUUCUGAUCUGAUGUGAUGGGAUGAAGUUACUAUGAAGGAAGGGAAAUCUAUGGCUGGUUACUGUUGCUGCUCUGUGUGUGUGUGGGUCCUUCAGCCGAUGCAGUUGUAGCGUGUCCCUGAACCUGAGUGAUGGACACUGGAAAGCUUUAUUCUUCUGAAAUGAAGGCUUACAGUGGAGCCCCAACCUGAGUUGUGUUGUAGUUUAGAGCUGCAUGCUGCUUUUCGCCAAUCAGUCCAAGACCAGGACGCGACCGAUUCGUGUUUUUUAGGGUUGAUGUUGACGUUUCUGCACAUCGUACGGAAGUUCAGGACUGCCGAUAUUAAAUGAGACCAUCCAAAGGAAUAGUUUGACAUUUUGGGAUAUUCUUCACUUUCUGAGAAGAGUAAUGACGCUCGCAGUGUCUGUACAUUAAAUAUGAUGUGACAGUUUUCAGCCAGUUAACUUAGCAUAAAGGCUAGCCUGGCACCUUUAAACUUGUGGAAUAAGCAGGCUUUGCUGAUCGCCUGGCAGCCUAAAGGUGACGAAACUUUAGUGACACAAAACCAGAAAUUCAUGUUUUUACACUUUUCUUGUACGGAUUUAAACAAACAAGAUAUAAUUAGCAAGCUUUAAAGUUUAUCUCAGUUCUUUAUGCUAAGCUAACAGUCUGCUGCUUCAUAUUGAUGUUGACUUUCUUAUGUAACUCAGCUAAAAAAUAAAAGUAAAUCAUCUCAAAAUGUCAAAAUACUCCUUUGAAUCAAAUGGCUGAAAAACAGGAACAUUUAAUCACACCAGUGGUUUCUCCACUUCAGAAAUUAAUUAAAAACUCAAGUGUAAAAGCCCAUCUUGUGAUUUAAUCUUAAAUUUUAGGCUGUUAUUCUUAUCAAUCUUAUAAUUUUUUUGGAAUUCUCGUUUUGAGUCGAGCAUUUUCAAAAAUGAAAGCGAAAGCUUUUAACAGACAUUUUUUUUUUUUGGACAAUCGUCACACGAACACUUUAAAUAAUGGCAGGACUGGACUUCCAUAUUUUUGUGUCGACAUCUUUAAAUUUCGAGGCGUCACCGGGUUCAUUUAAACAGGGUUAAAAUAAAAGAAUCUGCCCAGUAAAGCUUAGACCAGAUCCCAGUCCAGGCCUGGUUGAACGUUAUCGAUCCGAUCCAAAGGCGUGUGUGACGCAAAGUGACUCUUUUCCACCCACGAUCUGUCGUUUGGUAUUUUUGCGCUUUCGAGGGUGUUUCCCUUCUGCAUCUGAUCUGCACAGCGUGUGAACAGGGUUUGUAGAGUGAAGACUGGAACAAUGCCUCCCCAAUCUGUGGAGCAUCUUUUUAUGAAAUCAUACAUAUAUAAAUAUAUAUAUAUAUAUAGGAACAAGCCAAUAAUUAAUCCAUGUGUAUCCCAAAAUUACCUCACUGUCGAGUGAUUUCACUACCUCACCCGGAAACGUUAACCAUAAUUCUGAGUCUAUUCCAGUGCCUUGAAUACACUGACUGUUCCCCAGUCUCUCAGCAAUGUAAAGUUCUCAUCGCAGCACCAAUCGGAUAGGUUCAGAUCUGCACUGAAGGGCUUCUUAGUGCAUCAAAACUCUAUAUAUUAUAUACACUGACAACUCUUUUCACUUCUUAUUUUGGACAUUGCAACAGACAUGUAACCAUUGUAUUCAUGGCAACACCAACAGACUGUUUCAGAGUGUGUACAAAUACAACGGAAAGGUGUCCUCGGUCUUGUUUGUCAUGGAAUGGAUGCAUAACAUUUACUUGUGCUGUUCAGCCCUCGGCCUCUCCGUCUCUCUGUAAUUUGUAGUGUCGAAUAAAAUCCCACUUCUUUUCA